GCGCUACUGGGCGGCCCGCCGGCAGCGCCACGCGAGAACUUUCCGUUCGUUAUGGCCGAUAUCAAGCAGGCUCUCAGAAAGCUGGAUUUUCCUUACUGCGCCAGAGAAGCUCUGUGCAGAAUCGAGAUACUCUGCUGCAGACCUGGCAAGCAGGUGGAUCUACAGAUGGAUCUGAUAUCGGAAUUUGUAUUCGGAGAGCUGGACAAGCGAAAGAAACGCAACAUGACCAUGGCGAUACAGGAGCUGCAAUUGAUAGAGAUUCUCAGCGAUUUCUUCCAAAGUCCAGGUGGUAGUCCAGCGGUACGCAAUGCCCUCUUUCUGUCGCUCUUCCCAGCGGACAGUCCUAGAUACAAGACUUUAGGUUACUUGGUUUCCUUGGCCAUUGCCACGCAAAAUAAAGCGGUCCUCAACGCAGCUGGCAUCUGGAUGCAGCAGUUGGGUUCUGCCUCGUCGCAGAGCGUCGGGCUGGCGAGACAUGUGCUCGACGACUAUCUCGUUCUCACUCCGAGAUCUAUCGACAAACUGAAGCAGCUGCCCGUACUCGCGCCACAUUUUACCGCCAAUUUGCUGACUGCGAUAGGUGAGGUUUACGAGGACAAGGAUCCACCCACCGAGUUGCUUGGAUUAGUAGGCGAGUGGAUCGAUGAGAAUUCGGGUUUACUGUUGACCCCUCUGAUGGAUAAUCCAGCGCUGCCUACCGGUGGAAUCCCGAUGACACCGAUAACACCUAUAGCUGGUUUGUUUAGAUGGUGUAUAUUGAGUCCUCUGCGAAACGACGGACCGCAACGAGAGGAAUCGCGAAAAUUCUAUUCGAAGGUCCAACAGUUGCUCAUGGACUCGGUGUUGAGACUGAAGAACAACGGUAGCAACAAGCACGCGAUAUCGGCGCAACAUCUGGCCUCCACGACGCGCCUACUGACAACCAGUCUGCAGAACCAGCAUCCGGACGCGCGCGAUUUGGCUAUGGAACGACUCGCGCAAGCCGUCAGCGCCGCUAUGUCGGCCAACUGUAUCUACGGAAAUAAGCAGGAACUAUUGGCGCUCCUACAACCGCUAUCUUAUCAGCACUUUUUAAUAGAAUGGACAUUGCAAACCUAUGCCACCAAAGCAGCCUGAGAGUUUAUUAAAUGAUAACUGACCUUUGUGCAUGAAUUAUAUACAUGAAACAGUGAUCUCUAUGAAUAAAUGUCGCUGAUAUCAAAA